CUCAUACAUCAUCCCAUCCACUCACUCUAAAGUGACUUGAUCGAAAGUUCGACGCUGAGAGGUUAUUCUCAUUAGCAGCCUGAACUGUAAGAUCAACGCUUGCGAAUACUAUCAUGGCUAUGAAUCCGAAUCAACAGCCACAGGCGAAUGCGCCGAAUCCACAAUUCUACACGCCUGGUCCUGCUAGUCCUCCAAGUAUGUCAAACACUGCACAAUUAUGAUUGACACUUCCAGUCGAGGUCAAUCACUCCCCCUUUGCCCGGUCCGACUCAUCGCAACGCAUAACGUUUUCAGAGAUGGCUAGAAUGGCAGGACGACCGCAGACGUUCGACGAAAUGUACUCUGUCCCGGAAAGCUUUCUCGAGAUUGAGGUGUCGAAACCGAUGACUCAUGGUGCGGGCAGGAAGAUGUACACAGAUUAUGAAAUCACUUGCCGGACCAAUAUCCCAGCGUUCAAACUGCGUCAUUCGAUCGUUCGUCGUCGGUAUUCUGAUUUCGAGGCCUUCCGAGAUAUCCUAGAGAGAGAAUCCACACGGGUCAAUAUUCCGCCGCUUCCAGGCAAGGUCUUCACCAACCGCUUUACCGAUGAUGUGAUUGAGCAGCGACGAGAGGGUCUACAACGGUUUUUGGAAGUCGUUGCCGGUCAUCCAUUGCUACAAACUGGAAGCAAGGUAUUAUGUGCUUUCCUUCAAGAUCCCUCUUGGGAGAAAUCUCAAUGGUGAUGGACAGUGAGAAGAUGGAUGAGGAGAUGCAAAGUCGGAAAUUUGAGGACAGAACAUCCUUAUGGAGUCACCUUGAGUCGUGGGCGCGGCAUCGGUUGUACGCAUAGAAUGUGGAUCAUACAUGUCUAGACUUGGACAUCGGGCCUGGCUUUCGGGUCUUCUGCAUCGACUUGCCACGUCGGCCCUAAACUUGUAUUUUUAGCUGAGGUACACGAGAAUGCGUCAAUGAGCUCGGGCUCGUUUGAGAAGCAUGCCGAGCAUCCUACCUAGCUACUCAGCGCGGUUGGAUGCACUUUGACGUGAAAAUG